AUGAAGUCUCAACAAAGUCUUUACGAAGAAGUCUCAACAAAACAUUUACGAUUAAGUCUCAACAAAACAUUUACGAUGAAGUCUCAACAAAGUCUUUACGAUGAAGUCAUGACAAAGUCUCAACAAAACAUUUACGAUGAAGUCUCAACAAAGUCUUUACGAAGAAGUCUCAACAAAGUCUUUACGAAGAAGUCUCAACAAAACAUUUACGAUGAAGUCUCAACAAAGUCUUUACGAUGA